AUGGCGAUGGAUAUACUCACUGCAAUUAUUCCUACAAUAAUUGACUACACAAUAAGUCCAGUUGCACGCCAAGUGGGUUAUAUCAUUUUCUACAAAAGCAACCUUGAAGAUCUGAGGACUAAACUGGAGAAUUUUGAUCUUAUCAAACAAAGGAUAAAGCAUGAAGUUGAUGAAGUCGAAAGAAAAGUUAAUCAAGAAGUGGAAGCUGAUGUCCAGAAAUGGCAGUCAGAUGCGGAGCAGACCACUCUGGAGGCAAAAGCACUCUUGCAUGAUGAAGGCCCUGCAAAGACAAAGUGUCUCAUUUUAUGUCCUAAUCUGAUAUACUAUCAUCGGUGUAGCAGGAAGUCAACAAAAAUGAUGGAAAAGAUUGAAGCACAUGAAACUAAAAAAAAAGAGUUUUCCAGUGUUUCUUACAAAGCUCCCGUAGAAGACAUAUCUGCCCUAGCCUCGGACAAGUACAUGGCCCUUGAAUCAAGGAUUUCAAUGGUGAAGGAUAUCAUUAUGGAACUGAAAAAACCUGAUAUCAACAGGAUUGGGGUGUACGGAUUAGGGGGCGUCGGGAAGACAACACUUGCCAAAGAGGUUUACAGAGAAGUUGUCAAAGAGAAGUUAUUUGAUGAUGUGGUUAUAAUACUAAAUGUCAAAGAAAAAGAGGACAAUGAAAAAAUUCAAAAAGAAAUUACUGAAAAGUUGGGGAUGGACAUUGAUGAAUCUAAGAAUAUGGGAAAAAGGGCGAAUCUCCUAUGGGCCAGGAUAAAAGAAGGGAAGACUCUUGUCAUUUUAGACGAUGUCUUAGAAAGAAUUAACUUUGAGGCUGUGGGACUUGUCGAUGUGCCGCACUGUAAGUUAUUGUUGACAUCUAGAGAAAGAAAUGUUUUAUUCUAUGAUAUGCAUACGCAAAAAGAUUUUCAACUUGGAUUUUUAACCGAAAAUGAAAGUUGGAAUUUGUUUGAGAAGAUGGCAGGUAAUGUCGUUAAAGACAACCGUAUACUGAAAGAAGCAACCCAACUAGCAAAGAAAUGUGGAGGUUUGCCGGUUUUGGUUGUUGCUGUUGCAAGUGUUUUAAGGGAAAGUAGUUUGGAGGAAUGGAAAGAUGCGUUGAGAAGUUUCAAAAGAUGACAGAAAGAAUUGAAUGAAAAAGCAUUCUUGGCUCUAAAGUGGAGUUACGAACAAUUGGAGGAUCAAGAGCUUAAGCAAUUGUUCUUGCUUUGCGGGAGUUGCAACAAUUAUCUCAGUGACUUGUUAAAGUAUAGUAUGGGUUUGGGUUUGAUAAAGAAUGUUGAGACUGUGGAAGAAGCACGGAAUUCAUUGAAUGUAAUGGUUAAAAAACUAAAAAAUUUUGGCGUAUUGCUGGACAGUUAUGACGAUAGGACUGUUAGAAUGCAUGACCUUGUACGAGAUGUUGCUGUCCGGAUUGCAUCUGAUGAUCAAAAGGCCUUUUCAAGAGCAUAUGGAGAUGAGGUGAAAGAAUGGUCAACUGACAAUUUCCUUAAAAAAUGCACAAGGAUGUCCUUAAGAGGUUGCAAGAUCCCCAGGCUUCCUGGAGUACCUUGGGAAUGCCCAGAAUUAAAAUUGUUAAUCUUGUUCGAAAAGUAUAAGGGCGACUCCCAGGAAAUCCCAAGCAAAUUUUUUGAAGGGAUGAAAGAACUCAAAGUGUUGGAUGUAACCGAAUUCCAUAUUGCGUCACUACCUCCAUCUCUUCAGUCCCUAAAGCAUCUCCACACAUUGUGUUUAGAUCGGUGCGAGUUCGUAGACAUCACUCUUGUUGGACAGCUAACUAACUUGAGAAUUCUUAGCCUCGUAAUGUCCAAGUUUAAAGAGUUGCCGAGAGAAAUAGGGGAAUUGACAAGGCUACAAUUAUUGGAUUUGACCGGUUGCUCUGAACUUGUUCUGAUCUCACCUGGUGUUAUAUCAAGCUUGACAAGACUAGAAGACUUGAGGAUGGGAAUAAAAAGCUUCAAGCAAUGGGAGGGUGAAGGUUUGGUCGAUGGCAGAAGAAGUAAUGCUAGUGUUUCAGAGCUGAAGCACUUACCUCAUCUAUCCGCAUUGGACAUACACAUUCCGGAUGCUAACCUUCUUCCAACCAACUUGUUCUCCGAUAAGUUAGAAAGAUACACCAUACUUGUCGGUGAUUGUUGGGAGUAUCCUAACAUCUUUGCAACCUCAUCUAACAUGCUAAAACUCAAGCUCACCCGGAGAAAUCAAUUCGAUCGAGGUAUAAAGUUGCUGGUAAAGAAAUGUGAGCAGUUGUACUUGGAUGGGGUGGAGAUUGUGAAUAUUAUUUCCUAUCUAUUUGACAGUGAAGCUGUUAGACAACUGAAGCAUCUCCAUAUCCAAAACAACGAUGAAGUUAAAUAUGUCAUUAACGUCAUCAAUUGGAGUUAUUCUCAUAAUGCCUUCUCCAACCUGGAAUCUCUAGCUCUUGAAAACCUUGUGAGUUUGGAAAGUGUAUGUUAUGGGCAACUCAUAGGCGAGCCUUUCCCAAAGUUAAAAUCUUUGACACUUCAGAAUCUACCAAAGCUUAUUGGUUUCUCUUCCAAAGGCAAGCAAUUAACGACUGCUACAGAAUCCGACGAAAUCGUUACGGAGGAUGAAGUUGGUGGACCACCGAGACUGUUCAAUAAUGGGGAGGUUUUGAUAUCCAAUUUAACAACCUUGAUUGUGCAUCAAUGUGAUAGUUUAAGAUUCUUGUUUUCUAGUUCCAUGGCUAAAUGUCUCGGGCAACUCAAACAUCUCACGAUAUCCAAAUGUCAAGCAUUACAAAUGGUAUAUGACACAUCAUCUACCACUCAUGUGAAUGGUUUUGAGUGCCCAAAUCUAAACUCAGUUGACAUAGACUCAUGUGAUAGUUUGAAAAAUGUUUUUCCCCCCUCAGUGGCCAAGGAUCUUAAGCAGCUAAGCAGGUUGAAGGUUAAGAAUUGUGAUUUACUGGAGGAAAUUGUUGUGAAGAAAGAAGGACCAGAAACGGCAUAUGAGGAGUUCGAGUUCCCUAAAGUAACAUUUCUGGAAUUUCAUAAUCUACCCCAACUUGGGAGUUUCUAUCCAGGACUGCAUAUUUCUAAUUGGCCGUCACUCAACAUCUUAAAGUUCACGAAAUGUGGUGAUGUGGAGAUUUUACCCGUCGAAUUUUUAACAUAUCAAGACAAGCUUGAGUUGGGCCACCCAAGGUCAACGAAACAACCUUUCUUUUUAAUUGAGAAGGAUAAGCCGCUCCUCAACUUGGAAUACUUGGUUUUGGACGAGAACACGGAUAUUUUGUAUGGUCCACUCCUGGCAGAGUUGCUGAGAAAACUAAAAGUAAUUGGUUUUGCUACUUCACAUCCCAAGUCAGAUGAUUUCUUUGAGAAUUUACAGAAUAUUGAAAAUCUCCGUGUGUUCUCUGCUCCUUGGAAAGAAUUAAUUGUCCACAACCACCAAGGAAGUAGUAGCGGGGAAAUACAUGAAGUUAAGACCCUCCCACGUGUAAAGGGUUUGUGGCUCGGCAAUAUGCCGGAGCUGAUACAUCUAGGAAAGGAGAACUCCCAACCAGGGGACCCUGUUUUUCCAAACUUGGAAUUUCUAUGCCUAGAAAAAUGUGGCAGAUUAGAGAAUCUAGCUUCAACUUUGAUAUCCUUUCGGAAUAUAACCGCUUUGACCAUAUGGAGCUGUCACGGACUGCAAUACUUAAUACCUUAUUCUGUGGCUAAAGAUUUGCGGCAACUCCGGGAGUUGGAUGUUCGGUAUUGUGAAAGAAUGGUAGAAAUAGUGGCAAGCAACGGAGAUGAUUCAGAAAAUGAGAUUACAUACAGUUGCUUGAAACAUUUGCAACUUUCUGGUCUACCAAGUCUGCAAGGAUUUUGCACGGGAAAUUGCAUUUUCAAAGUCCCAUCCUUACUGUCCAAGGAUUUGAUUGUCAAGAAGUGCCAGCUGAUCCAGUUAAAGAUUUCUCCUGAUGGGUUACUCCAAAGUGAUCCAAGACCAGAAAGACUACAAAUAGCAGAGGAAACUGAUGAUGUACUAAAGCUAAGUGAUUCAAAGGAGAAUGAUCGUGAUCAAACCGACCAGCUGAUGAUUGCAGAUACAAAUUUAGAUGUUAAAAUUGCAACACCCUCUACCAAAGAAGAAUCCUCAUUUUUUGGCUGGCAUGUUAAGUUUUUCCGGGUGUGUGUGAUUGCUUGUUUGUGUGUUGUAUUCUUCUUUCUUUUGUUUUUCCCUUUAAAGGAAGAAAUAUCAUCCUGGGGAGCAGACUGGAAGGCUCUCUGAUCUAUUGGACCACACAACACAUUCCCCAGAAAACACAUUGGUAUGACCAAAUUUUUUGGAUAGAGAGAACUAUGCUACUUGAUGUCGUGCUAUGACUGUUGGUCAUAGUUCCAAGAACAAGAUGGGCACCACUCUUAUUGUCAGUG